GCUGAGCCCUCAUGCGUUUUCUGUUUGUUUGUUUUAUCAGUAGUGGAGAAGGUUGAUUAUGUGUUUGCUGAAAACGGCCUGGUCGCGUACAAAGCUGGCAAACUGCUGUCCGUACAGAGUAUACAAGCUCAUCUUGGGGAAGAACUCCUUCAGGACUUUAUCAACUUCUGUUUGAAUUACAUGGCAAAGAUUAAACUCCCCAAGAAAAGAGGGACUUUCAUCGAGUUCCGAAACGGAAUGCUGAACGUGUCGCCGGUGGGGCGGAGCUGCACUCAGGAAGAACGAAUGGAGUUCUUUGAGCUGGAUAAAAAAGAACAUAUCCGAGAUAAAUUUGUAGCUGCUCUCAGGAAAGAGUUUGUCGGACGUGGGCUGGCGUUCUCUAUAGGAGGACAGAUCAGCUUUGACGUGUUCCCGGAGGGCUGGGAUAAGAGGUACUGCCUGGGCAUCCUGGAAAAGGAUGCAUACGAGAAGAUCCAUUUCUUUGGAGAUAAAACCAUGCCGGGGGGUAAUGACUAUGAGAUCUACAUGGACCCCCGGACAACAGGACACAAGGUCUCCUGUCCAGAGGACACCCAGCGCAUCUGUGAGGAGCUCUUCUUCCAGUGAAGCCAUCCCGGAGGGUCUGGUAUGGAUAGGCACCUCCAGCAGAUUGAAGGAACAGUUAACUGGAAUUCAGGGGGUGCUCUUAAUAUUAAACUGUAAUGUAGCAUCGGAGAAACACACCUCUGAUUCAGGUAUGCUUCUGCUAAAGUCUUUUUAAUGUAUCUGCCAAUCAAAAAGCCUGAUCAGAAGAAAUAUGUCUUAAGCCUAGAUGUGAAACCAUUCACUUAGUUCCCAUCCCGGUGAGUAGAAUUGUAAUGACCACAUAUUAGGAAUGUUUUUGCCAGCUUGCCCUUCAAGCUCAUUUCAUAAUUGUUUCUGGACGGGCAGAACCACCGUGUGGAUUGAACCUUUUUAAAAUGUGUUCUAACCGUCUGCAAGACCAAAGGUUGAAUUACUGUAAUAGCAAGUGGUAAUGUUAAACCGACCAUCUCUUCAUCUGUGUCUGUAUGUGUGUUGACUGUGUUUCUGAACUGUGUGUUUUCCUGCUAUAACGCAAACAGCCAGACAUUAAACUGCACUAAAAAGUAACCUUUACAAAAAAGUUUAUUCUAAGCGCAAAUGUUAUGCCAUAGUGUUUGAAUGGGUGGAUUUUUAUUUUAUAAACCUGCCUGCUUUAAAGCAUCACUUCCUUGCA